AUGAACACAAAUAGUUCUACUAAAAGAGGUUACAAGAAACAAGCAGUUGUUUUAUCUUCAAAUGAUCUUAAUAAUUUGUUGAAUGAUACCACUACAUUAAAAAGUACAGGCAUUAAAAAAGGUUGCAAAAAGAAGCAACAAGAAGAAAUAGACAAAGAAUGGCUUCAGAUAGCAACUAGAAAUUUUGGAGAUUUUCAGAACAAAUUAGUCAAUAGUAUUAAAGAUUUAUCUACAACUGGUCUUUUACAAAAAGAGGAAAUUAUUGCUUUUAUAGAUAAAUCUGCAACUGCUAAUAUGUUAAGUUAUUAG